UUAAUAACCCUUUUUUAUUUACAAAGUUCCCUAAAAUUCCAUUCAACAUUAUUAGUAGUCAAAAUAACCAAAAUAUUGCAAUGUGGUGAUAGUUUGACGUUAUUACAUUCCUUAUAUCUUAUCCUUGGUGUUUCCUAUAUAUAUGAUCACAAGGAUUCUCUUUUUACAAACACACACAAAAGAAAAAAAAAAGAAAAAAAAGAAAAAAAAUGGGGAGGAGAAGAGUGACCUUGGAUUGGGCCAACCAGAGAGUGAAGAGAGCCAACAUUAAGGCAAGGCUUGCCGAACUCAUCAAGAAAACGAAUGAGCUCUCAAAUCUUUGCGAUGUGAGAGCUUGUCUCGUGGUGCUUGAUCGUGAAGUAGAUCAGGUUGUGGUAUGGCCAUCUACCCAAGAGGCAAAUUCGCUCAUGGAGAAGUACUACUCUUUGACGGAGCAUCAAAGGAACAAGAAGGCCAUUGACCCGGAGUCAUACAUCCAAAUCAGUAUCGAAAAGAUUGAGAAGAAAAUAGCCAAUACUCGAAAGGCUAUCGAGGAGUUGGAGAUAGAUCAUCUCAUGUACGAACUCAACAGUGGUCAUCAAGAAGGUGACGCCAUUUUCGGAGACGGCGAAGAAGGUGACGCCAUUUUCGGAGACGGCGAAGAAGGUGACGCCAUUUUCGGAGACGGCGGUGGACUUUGACGGGACAGCGACACUCGCAGCAUCCUCAAGAGCUUAUUUAGGGUUUGUUGUCGUUUUGGAUUUGGGGAUGUUUUAAGAAGUGACUAGAGGUCUUCAUCAAUUUAUAAUCUUGUUUUUCUUUUUGGUAAAGAUUUAUAAUCUUAUCUUGUUUAUCCUUAAUCUUCCAAAUCACAAGCUACUUA